GGUGACGACCGUAAUGACGACCCAGCACAACAACCAAUCGCAGGUCAGGAGUGAAGAUGGCGGAAUCCGAGAUGAGCGUCAGGAGCAGUCGAGAAUUACAUACCAUAUUGCUGGGAAGAUCUGCAUUGCGAGAGCCGGCUCAGAUAGAGGCAGAGCUCGACAGACACUGGGACAGACUGCAUCAAGGUCUAUGUUAUUACAAGCCACCCAGCUCGUCCUCUGCUGGGAAAGUGAAGGAGGACAAAGACGUUGCACAACCAUUGAAGGAUUUUGGUCUGAGGAUCAGUAAACUAUUGUGUCUUGAUGAGCACCAGAGUGUGCAGCUUUUACAGUGCUACCUACAGGAGGACUACAGAGGAACUCGUGAUUCGUUAAAGGUCCUUUUUUUUAUUGGAAAUAAAUCCCGAAAUCUUGUGUGA